AAAAUGCACUCACAUUUUUCAAAGCCAAGACAGACACAGACAGUAACGUGGAGGUGGGGAGGAGGGCUUGAAGCGCGGCUUUGCAGCUGAAGAUAUUCAAGUUGGAAAGCAGAGUAAGAUGGAAGCCUGACACUGGGAUCUCAUCACUAGAAUAUUAAUAGGGGAAGCCCUUAAUGCCAUGCAAAGCCUGAUGGUUUCCCAUAUUACUAAAAGGAGCGUCUCAAAGUGAGUGGCAAAACUGCUGAGUCCCCCCUGGAGCAAGGAACAUUGGAACAACUGAUCCGUGCGUGGAUGUUGUUGCCUGAAUCUUUGACUCUUCCGCCAACCUUUCAAUGGAUGUCGAUGUCAUCCCACCAGAAAGUAAGAUGUCUGUCCCAAAAAUUGAGCUAGAAGAAGUGUUGGACAGUGAGGCAGGAGGUGGUCCUCCUUCCGAUGACCACUUGCGGAAUCUGAAAGCUCUGACAGAGAAACUGAGGCUGGAGACGAGAAGACCCUCCUAUUUGGAGUGGAAAGCUAAGCUGGAAGGACUGGCUUGGAAGAGCCACCCCAAACCUCCCGAGGAGGAAGACGUUAGCCAGGCUGAGGAACCGAUGGAAGGAAGUCUUCCUUUAAAAAAGCUGCAAGUUCAUAUUAUCAAUGGAGGCUCUUUGGAACAGCAAGCGCCGGUCCUGGUCCCAGAGAAAAUCAGUGGCUUUGGAAAUAUCGAUGAGGCUUUAAAUUGGCUCAGGAAAGAAUUGAUGGAAAUGCGUCUCCAGGACCAGCAGCUGGCCCGGCAGCUGAUGCGCUUGCGCAGUGACAUCAACAAGCUCAAGAUUGAGCAGACGUGCCAUCUCCACCGGCGGAUGCUCAACGAUGCCACCUAUGAGCUGGAGGAGAGGGACGAGCUCUCUGACCUUCUCUGCGACUUCCCCCUGACAUCCUCCUUCAGCCUCUCCACCCCGCUCAAGCUCAUUGGCGUGACGAAGAUGAACAUCAACUCCCGCCGGUUCUCGCUUUGUUAGAGAAGGGGAUUGAAGGGAGGAAGGGGUGUGACAUUCCGAAAAGAGAGAAGAAGCUUUCCCAUCCUUUUGCUCGGCAGGGAAAUGGAUGGGAGAUCAGAGAAUGAAGAGUGGAUCUGCCAAACUGCUCUUCCAACAGUCCAAUAUGGUGGAGCUACAGUAACGAUCACGUCCCAAAAGUGCUUUGCAGAAAGCUGGAGAAUCAGAACAAUGAGGCUCCCUGAAGGAUAGGAAGCAGUCACCACCCAAAUCUCAUACUUGCAUUCAGAAACAACCCCCGUGGUUGGAGUGAAGGUGUGACAAGUCACAUGGCAAUUGGGGGGGCUCAAAAAUUAAGGACUGACGAGUCCUUUACCAUCACUGGUAAAUCCCUUUGGCUUGAUUCAGAUUAGGCAAUAAUGGGAAUGGAGAAAGGGGUGAAGAAUCCAUCUUGUUGCUGUGAGAUGUCAAUGCCCAGUGAAGAGGAAUUCUCCCGAAGGCAGGGUGUGAUAUUGCACACACCUUUUCAGAUCAGUUUUUGCCAGUAGGUUUAGGCAUCCUGAAGGAUGCAGGCAGUGUUUAGUUUCUGUUGUUGGUUUGCUUCUAUGUCUUUGGAGGACAGAGAUCAGGAACUUGUAACCAUAUGGGAGGCAAUAACAAAUGACACCAGCCAAUGGUCAGGGGUGAUGGGAAUUGUAGUCCAGCAGCAUCCAAAGGGCCACAGGUUCCCCACACCUGAUUUGGGCCAUGCCACCUCAGCAGCCCCUUUUUACCAAGGCCUUCCCAUCACAAUUGGGAUGACACCUGAUACCCCAAUUAUCCUUGUAUCCCCACCACCACCAAUUUUACCUUCUUGGAUCAUCUUGACCAUCUGUACCAUUCUUAGGCAGCACCAAGAGUGCAAUUCCCCAAAGAUUUGAAUCUGUCCCUCGCAAUAGCACAAUCCUAUAGUUCAAUGGGGCUUAUGGAGUUCCAGGUAAGUUCUUAUAAGGUUGCAGCCUGGGACACAUUGCAAUUAUUGUUGUCGUUUGCAUUCAAGCUGACAUCACCCUGCUUGGUUUGCUCUGCACACAAAAAACCCUGGUGCUCAAAUUGCUCGUAACUUUGCAAAUUUGGAAACUCACAUCAAGUUCCUUCGCUAAAAAUACAAAUGCGUGCAAAUUAAUCCUGGGUUUUACAGAAAUGCCCCAGAAACAUGGUUGAAUGCUUUGUGUCUCUUGACAUAUCUGUGAGAUGGUUUUUCUUUUCUUUUUUGCUUUUCCGUUCAAAUCAGAGAUUUGAUUCCUUCUUUCUUUUUUAACGUUUCCUUGAAUGAAAGGGAGAAAACUGAAAUGAAAAACUCAACAAACGAUUAAAAAAAAAACUUGUUUCCAU